GUCACAACAUGGCGGCAAAAGAAACCAAGUGACAUUUGAAGCGUUUUGAGGAACAUUCCACAACCACCUUGUGCUACACUCUCCCGUCAUAUACCAAAAUUUUUAUCAGCUCAUAAUAUCCUUCUCUUUUCACUAAUUAUUCGUGCAAUGAGCGACUGGGACGAAGAGUGUGACGACAACGAAGCGCCCGCGCCGAGUUCAUGGACGCAUGACAACAGCCAAACAACUAAACGUGCGCCAGGCUUUGGACGUGGACAACCCAACCGAUACAGACACGAACCAUCACAAUCCUUUAACUCUGGGGGUUUUGGAAGACAAAGCAAUGACGGACCUAGAGAUACGAGAGGAAGGAGUGCCUUUCGCCAGUCUGAAGGAAGAAGCGAGAUGAAUGGUAACUGGAGAAGUGCCGAGUCGUCUUCAGAUCGCGAGCCACGUGGGUUUGGCAGAAGGGGAAGAGAUGGUAGAGACGGAGGCUCGCAGGGUUUUAGAUCCAGUCAAGACCAUGGUUUUGGUAGAAAAAACGGCAACCAAAGUAUGGAAAUCGUGAAUGUAAAUUGUGGUAUCGUUGGUCGCAUUAUUGGAAAAGGUGGUUCCACAAUAAGGGACAUACAAGAAAAAAGUGGAGCAUUUGUUAAAAUAAGAAAAGAAGAUGCCACAUACUUUGAUCAGCCGAUAGAAAUAAGUGGUGUUAAAGAAGCUAUCGAGAAGGCUAAAGAAAUGAUUGAUGAAAUAGCAAACCCAUUGGAUCACAUUAAAGCACCAGCUGCAGCGCCUGCCCAAGUUAAUAAACCCAAGGUUACUUUUGCUGAAAUCCAUGCCGCCAGAGAAGAACAUGAGAAAACCAGAUGGAUAGGGUUACCUUCCAUUCAGAAGUACUUCUAUAUUGAGGCAAACUCUGUAAAGAACAAAGAUCCUCAAGAUGUAGAGGAUUUCCGCCUUACGAACAACAACAUAAUUGUGGAAAACUAUGGGGAAACAGUGGUUAACAGAGAAAUACCAAACCCUGUCACAACAUUUGAAGAAGCAUUUGAACAUUACCCUGAGAUCCUAAGGGAAAUAAAAAAAAAUGGAUUCACAACACCUUCCCCUAUACAGUGUCAAGCAUGGCCUGUCAUCAUGUCUGGCAUGGACUUGAUUGGAAUUGCUCAGACAGGGACAGGGAAAACCCUGGCUUUCCUGCUUCCAGCAUUUCUACACAUUGACGGGCAAGAACUGCCUCGUGAUCAAAGAGGAGGCCCCUCAGUACUUGUUCUUUCCCCAACACGUGAACUUGCUCUACAGAUUGAAGAAGAAGUUAAGAAGUAUCAUUACAGAGGAAUUAAAAGUGUAUGCGUUUAUGGUGGCGGUAGUAGAAGAAACCAAAUAAAUGUUGUUACCAAAGGAGUGGAAAUUGUCAUUGCUACCCCUGGAAGAUUAAAUGAUCUUUUGAUGAAUAAUAUAAUGUCUGUGAGAAGUGUGACAUGUUUGGUGCUUGAUGAAGCAGACCGCAUGUUGGACAUGGGCUUUGAACCUGAGAUUAAAAAGAUCUUGCUGGACAUCCGUCCAGACAGACAAACAGUCAUGACCAGUGCUACAUGGCCUCCUGGUGUACAACGCAUGGCUGACCAGUACAUGACAGACCCAGUCAGGGUGUUUGUAGGAAGCUUGGACCUGAAUGCUUGCAAGAGUGUAACACAACUUGUAGAGAUGGUUGAUGGAGAAGAAAAGAAGGACAGAAGUAUAGAGUUUGUCAAUAGUCUGAGCCCAAAAGACAAAGUGCUCAUCUUUGUUGGAAAGAAAAUUAUGGCUGAUGACCUUGCAAGUGACUUCAUGUUAAGAGGUGUGUCAGGUGUACAGUGUAUCCAUGGUGACAGAGAGCAAAUUGAUCGUGAGCAAGCCCUAGAGGACUUUAAGACAGGACGUGCACGCAUCCUGAUUGCAACUGAUGUGGCAUCACGUGGUCUAGACAUAAAGGACGUAACAUUCGUGUUGAACUAUGAUUUUCCACGUGGUAUAGAAGACUAUGUUCAUCGUGUUGGACGAACAGGAAGAGCUGGGCGGACGGGUACAGCAUUAACCUUCAUAACAAGAGCAGACUGGGGCUAUGCAAGUAAACUUAUCAAAAUCAUGCAACAAGCUAACCAGGUAAUACCAGAUUUUUUGGAAGAUAUGGCACAAAGAUUCGAAGAGCGUCGUGAAAGGAAUGGCUAUGGAUCACGUGAUGGUGAAAGAAGGAGUGGUGAUGGAUGCUUCAAAUGUGGCGAACAAGGUCACUUUGCACGAGAAUGUCCCACCGCAGGCGGUGAUGGCAGAGGAGGUGGCCGUGGAGGUGGCCGUGGAGGUGGUCGGGGAGGUGGCCGAGGAAGAGGAAGGGACAGUUAUGGGGAUGAUUUCAGUGGCUUUAUCGAAGGGAGUGGGUUUGACUCUGAGUAUGGUCGCAGAGGUCGGCGUCAGAAGGAUUAUGGUGAUUGGAUCUAAGGUCUUGUGUUAAGAAAAAACACAGUAGGCCAUGAAAGACGUCGUGUUCGGCAUUCCUUAUAUGUGCACCAUUGGUAAGAAUGCCUGUUCGGUACGUAUAGCUCUUAUCCCAAAUACCAAACAUGAUGUUAUUACUAUGUGCUAUUAGCUCCAUUGAUUGACGAGGCCGAGGCGUUUCGAUAAUCCCUUGAUCGUGGAAAAGUGCACAGAAAUAUUGAAAAAUGUGAACCAUUAAGUAUCCGUAUAAAUUACUGUUAAUUGACUUGGAACAUCAAGUCYUUACUUGUAAGGAAGCAUUUUUUACGGGGGUGGGGGAGUAAAGUAAUACCUUCUCAGAAAUAUUCUUAAUAGCCAUUUAAAAAAAGGUUUGUGAAGGCUCUGCUGCAUUUUGCUUACUAAGCUUGAAAUGUUUUAUAUUUAUAUGUAAAUAAUGUCAGCACUGAAGAAAUUAUGGAGGAAAAUGUGCAGAAAAAGCUUGAGAAAAUUCUAUAGACCAUUUUAAUUAUACCCCACAAUGCUUUAUUUUCCGCUUUUGACGUCAAAUUUAUCCUUCUCAAUUUCAUUUCAAACACAAAAAUUUUUUUUAAAAAUUUGAAACGUGGAAAAUAAGGCAUGGUGCGAUUUAUUAGAAGGGUCUAUAUUUUGCAUUUUGGGCAUGGUAUAAAACUUGCAACAUAAACCUUUAGCAACCUUUUUUUGAAUUAGCUAAAUCCCUCAACCUUACCCCCGAAACUGAUGCCAAUGCUUCUGUUUACGUGGUAUUGCCUGCCAUUCACUGGAAUUAAAUUUGUUGAUAUUGUAUUCAAAAUUCUAAAAAUGUUUAUUUCGUUAACGUCGCAAUCGCUGCCACCAGCUCAUUCUUGAUUGCGCAUUCACGAACUGGACACUGUAAAACUUUUUUGAAACAGUGGAUAGUAAAGUCAUAGUUGAUCAUCAAGUGCCCUCCUGUCGCAGACACUUUGAAGGAGCAACUAUUUUGCAUAUCAGAGUAGUUCUAAAAUAAUACAGCAGGAUUAGUACAGGCAGUUAGUGGGUCUAUUGAGAAAGGUUAAGAAAAUGUCCCUGAUUGGGGAAGACCUUCCCACCACUGACUUGGAAAAAUCACUUAUCUCUACCCCCUCCCCUUAAAAAAAGUAAUGCGAACACAGGUCCCUCCUUUAUGCAUUUCAUUAUUAGCCAUUACGAGGAUUGAGAAAAAACUGGGUCGAGUUUUCAUUGCAGUGCAUUGUGGGGCUGUCCACUAAAAUACCAAAAAAGCACUGCAGUACCAACUCGACCCAGUCUUUUCCUCGAUUUCGGAGUGGCUAAUUAACUAAACAAGAAGUUGUAUUUAUAAAAAAAAUACAUAAUUUAUGAUUCAAAGAAUAUAUUUUAUGACGAGUACGUGUAAAUCAAUCAUAAGUACAUUAUCUGCAAUAAAAUGUUUCAAUGUUGCCAAUA